AUGUUUUGUUUGUUUUAAGUUAGUUCUUUUUUGUGCUCUCUCCAUCCGUUAUUGGUUGUCAUUCAGAAAUUUUUCCUUCUUGUUUUGCAGGAAAAGGGGACCUCAUUACAACGAGUCAGCAAGCAACCAUCAAGAGGUUUACUGCGUCAUAUACUACAGCAAGUUUAUAACCAGGCUGUAUUAGAGCCUGAAAAGUUAAAUCAAUAUGAACCUUUUUCACCUGAGGUAUAUGGUGAGACAUCAUACGAUUUAAUAUGUCAAAUGAUAGAUGAAAUUGAAAUAACUAGUGAGGAUGUAUUUCUGGAUCUGGGAUCUGGUGUUGGGCAAGUUGUUUUACAAAUGGCUGCUGCUACUCCAUGCAAAAUUUGCCUUGGUGUUGAAAAGGCUGAUGUUCCUUCACGUUAUGCAGAGCAAAUGACCGCGUCUUUUAAGAAAUGGAUGGGCUGGUAUGGAAAGAAGUAUGGAGAGUAUAAAUUGUUAAAAGGAGACUUUUUAACUCAAGAAUAUAGAGAAAAAAUUACCAGUGCUUCCAUUGUUUUUGUGAACAACUUUGCCUUUGGCCCAACUGUUGACCAUUCACUGAAAGAACGGUUUGCUGAUUUAAAAGAUGGGGCCCGCAUUGUAUCCUCUAAAUCAUUUUGCCCCCUAAAUUUUAGAAUAACUGACAGAAAUCUAUCUG